GCACUCUCUCAAGGUAGGCGUGGUUGCGUUUUGGGUUUCACACAGAGAGAGAGAGAGAUGGACUACAACCUAGCUGCACUGAAGCUGCUGUGUGUCCAACUGAAAGACGCGCAAGAAACUUCUUCCGAGAACGCCAUGGAAUUGCACAACAUCAUAUUCCAACGUGCCUGGUUACAGGGCAUUUUGGUCCACGUUUCCGCCGACGGAGAGUGCUUGUAUCUCGACGACGGCACCGGCGUCAUCGAGCUCUCCCUCAGACCUGAGUUUCGCGGCCGCCCUUGGAAUAUCGGAAUGUAUGUAAUGGUUGUUGGACGCUACAUGGUCCGUACGGAUGAGCCCCCAAUGAUCCAGGUUCACAAGAUGGUUGAUCUUUCGGCCUCCCCUGAUCGAGAGGCAAUGUGGUACCUUGAAGUUUUGGAGGCAUACAAAAUGUUCUAUCGGCCCUUAAUGGAAGGACCUGUGUAACCUUGUUUUUUCCU